ACUGUGAUAGCCGCCCACCGACCAUAAACCUCCGAGCGACGACGUUAAGUGAGAAAAAUUGGGUAGCGAUGACACCUCCAACAGCUUUAAUUGGAGGACUUGACAGCGGGUUUAAACAAACGCAGGGUCCACUGGGCAUGCUCCAUGUGAUCUGAGAGGAGAGCUGGGCACGGUGUGAAUAAACAGGCAGUUUGGGCGUUUUUGAGGAGGCUUGUCGUCCUCUCAUCUCCGACUCUCUUUUUUUGUUUAACCACGCAGCACAGAAAGCAGCGUUUGCCUCCCUUCAGAUAGGCUGUGGGUGUUAUUUCUUCAUCAGCAGUGCAUGGAGGAAAGGGAAAGUUCCUGAGCUGGGGAGCAUCUCUGUGCUGAGACAAAGAGCUGCCGUGUGUCGUUACUGAGCGUCGGUGUGAAGGAGGUGAGUCUAUAGGCAGCAACACAGGCGGCUCUGAAGGCAGGCGCUGUCCGCUCAGCACCACCGCAGUCACCUUGCUGUGAAAGUCACAAAGAAGCUCAGCAGUGAUCUGAUCAAUUACCGCAACUUGGGGAGUGCAAUGAGCUGGAUGUAUUCUGCUGGAGGGGGGAGAUGUGUCAGCGUUAGUGCUUUUAUCUCGACAUCUUGGAUUUACAGACUAUGUGACGUCCAUUCUUAGGGUACUGCCAUUGGCUGCAAUGAUUUUUGGAUUUCAUAUCCUCCAGUGAGUCCGGCAGCUGUAAGCGUCUGCAGUUGCAUGACAGGUGCUUGUAGAAAACACAGGGUUUAGAGUGGAUGUAGCCAGGUGCGUGUCAAGCAGCCACAAUUUCUUUAUUAGUUGGUGAGAAACGACAGGUUGUUCUGAGCCUCCUUUAUGUUAUUGUUCCCAUCAGUGAGAUCCCUGUUGUGCAUGGUUUCCCAGGGCUCAUAGACUUACCUUUGCGAUGAAGGGAACUUAUUGGAGAAAUGCCUAAGGGACGCAAUGGGCCUGAGCGACGACAAGGAUCGCAUUGUGAUAAAUGUGGGAGGGAUCAGACAUCAGACAUACCGCAGCACCCUGCGCACCCUACCCGGCACACGUUUGUCCUGGUUAGCCGAGCCUGAUGCCCCUAACCACUUUGACUAUGAUGCCAAGAUUGAGGAAUUUUUCUUCGACCGCCACCCUGGCGUGUUUGCACAUAUCCUUAAUUAUUACAGGACAGGUAAACUGCACUGCCCGGCUGAUGUCUGCGGGCCCCUCUAUGAGGAGGAGCUGGCUUUCUGGGGCAUUGAUGAGACAGACGUUGAGCCAUGCUGCUGGAUGACCUAUCGCCAGCACCGGGAGGCAGAGGAGGCCCUUGAUAGUUUCGGCGGGGGGGGCCUGUUAGACCUGGUGAACGAUGACGCGGAGCCAGAGCUGGAGCAUGGCGAGGAUGAUGUGGAUGAAAUGACAAGGAGGCUGGCGCAGGGAGACACUCACGAUGCCCGGAGUGGAAGCCUGUGGAGCCGGUGGCAGAAACACGUCUGGGCCCUGUUUGAGGACCCUUACUCCUCUAAAUAUGCACGGUGGGUGGCUCUGGCCUCGCUCUUCUUUAUUCUGGUGUCCAUCACCACCUUCUGUCUGGAGACCCAUGAGGCCUUCAACCCUAUCAUCAACCGCACAGAGGAGGAGGUGGUGGACAACGUGACAGUGGUGCACACAUACCAGGAGACUGAGACUGCGCUCUACCUCACCUACAUCGAAGGCGUCUGUGUGGUGUGGUUCACUUUUGAAUUUCUAAUGCGAAUAACUUUCUGCCCAAAUAAAUGUGACUUCAUUCGAAACGCCCUGAACAUCAUCGACUUUGUGGCCAUCCUGCCCUUCUACCUGGAGGUCGGCCUCAGUGGGCUCUCCUCCAAGGCAGCUAAGGACGUGCUAGGUUUCCUGAGAGUUGUCCGAUUUGUUCGGAUCCUGCGUAUCUUCAAGCUGACGCGUCACUUUGUAGGACUGAGGGUGCUGGGCCACACGUUGAGGGCCAGCACCAACGAGUUCCUCCUCCUCAUCAUCUUCCUCGCCCUCGGUGUCCUCAUCUUUGCUACAAUGAUCUACUACGCUGAACGGAUUGGAGCUAACCCUAACGACCCUCGAGCCAGUGAGCACACGCACUUCAAGAACAUCCCGAUCGGAUUCUGGUGGGCUGUGGUGACCAUGACGACCCUCGGCUAUGGCGACAUGUACCCUCAGACGACCUCCGGUAUGCUGGUUGGAGCCUUGUGCGCCUUGGCGGGCGUGCUGACCAUCGCCAUGCCCGUCCCUGUGAUUGUCAACAACUUUGGAAUGUAUUACUCUCUGGCCAUGGCAAAACAGAAACUACCAAAGAAAAAGAACAGGCAUAUCCCUCGCGCACCACAACCAGGUUCUCCAAACUUCUGUAAGUCAAGUGUCAGCUCCCAACAACCGAGCCCAAUACCCCAUGACGACGUUUUCGAGAUAAAGUUUCAAGAUUCUAAGUUGAACGGAGAGGCAGCUAACGCAGCACUGGCUAAUGAAGAUUGCCCUCACAUAGACCAGGCCAUAUCUCCGGAGGAAAUCUUCAGCCCCAGCGAGAGGGAGCGGCCCUGCUUCUUGGUCACCACUGCUGAACGCCCAAACCACACAGGGGGCAGAGUGAGGAGGGGUUAUGAAAAGCCUUGGAGCCUUAACAGCAUGUCUGGCAUGAGCGGGGAUGCCUCUGGAGUGUCCUCAGUGUCCGCCCUGCCCUGCAGCCCACCCUGUCUAAUGCAGCACUCACAUUCUCCCAUCCCAUCCAUUAUGUAGCAUGGUUGAGUAGCAGACACAAUGACAUUGGAAGGCCAGUCAACACUCCUCCUUAUCUUACCUGUCAAAUUUUGCUUUUACACUUGCCUUCACUCUUGUUUUUUUCCAUUUUUAUUUCAUUAUUUUUCUGGAAAACUGUACCUUAACUGUGUCUAAUACUCAGCUUGCCCAAGUGUUCUCCUUGGGUGUGUCAUCAUAUCCUAGACUAGAUAAGCAUUGGCACAGGCCACUUUGCAUGGGUCACCUCACUUGUAGACAAAGCACUGUUCUACUUCUACCACAGGCUAACCCCACUCUUUCCCUGUGUUUACAUCAUUGCCUGUUGCUCUGUUGCUUUUGAUCUCACAUACUCUUCUGCCAAUAACUUUAAUCUCAUCUGCUUUUUACAAUUUUGUGAAAGAGACUUUCAUAAGAUGUAACCCCUGCUAAUAAUAUGCUGGACAUUAAAAAUACAUGGCUCUGAAACAUUUCCAAAAGGUACCACUGCCAGCUGUUAAGGUAGUAGAGUAGUGUAGAGACGUUAUCAUUCUGAAAAUGCAAACCAGACAAAGCACAAUGUUAUCCGAGUGCCCAUAAAAAAAAAACCAUGCUGCUCAUGAUGUCCAAUGCAAUAUGGAGAUUAUGACAAUUCCUAUCAUAUACUAGUGAAGAAUACGUUUAAUGUUAACAGAACUUUUGUUCAUUUGCAUGAACUGCAUGAGAAAUAAUGUUCAACAAGAAGCUAACUGUAUCGCAGUACCUGUAAGGGAAAAAAAGAAGCGUUUUUCUUUCAAAGGCUUCUAAGCUUUUUCAUUUUUUAUGCAUUUUGAGACAGCUUUACAAGAGACUCAGUCAUAGCAGAGAUGUUUAUGUAGCUGCCAUUCUUUGCCUUUCCUCAAAUUCAUAUUUUUAUUUUCUUGUAUUCAUUUGACUGGGGCCUCCAACUAAAAUAGCGUAAUUUGACUUGAACAAUCUGUUAUAAAGCCAACAAAUGCUGUUAUGAGCAUACAUAGCUUUUAUACAAAUAUAUUUACAGGUAGUUAUUAGUUUUUAAACAGUAUCCGUAGUCUGCAGCAACUUCUAGUACUGCUGUGAUGCCUAAAUUAAGGCAUUUGUUUUAAACAACGGUGCCUUUAUACCUGGUGAGGCAAAGUAAAAUUGAGUUAUUAUUGACAUGAUGUAACAUAAGUCCUCUCAGUGUAGCAUCAAUAAACGUUAUAUCAUGCUCAUAACAGUGUAAGGUAAGCUUUAUUUAUAAGGUGCACUUUGUACCUUUUUGCACCUUCCGCGUACCUUUAAUCACAGCAAAUUGGUUAUUAUCUUUACACAACUCCACAAACACUGGGAUUUAACCCUUAUAUAUAGCUCCAAGCAUAAAUAAAUAAAUAAAAAUACUAAUUUUAUAGUCAUCAUAUCAAGAUUGUUUGUAUGAUAAAGCACAAAUUGUUUACAAAAAGGGACAAAGCUGUUCUACAGAGCAAAAAUAGAUCGAGUUACGAGAUAACACAAUGACUUAGGCAGUUCGUACUUCUAUUUAUUUAAAACGUCAAUACUGUUUUUGUCCCAAAAAGUAUGCACAAUUAUUUUAGGGCACUUUAAAAGAAAAAAUGAACAGAAGUGUUUAUUUCUAGAAGAAGAUAUAAGUACUGCAACUCAUUUAAGUCUUGUUUUUAUUCUGAGAGAGCAGAGUUUUACUUUUUCAGUCAUGUCUCUUGUGGUAAUUAUUGGACGUUAUAUAUUUAAGAAAAAAAAACCUUGUGAAGAUUUGAUGUGAACAGAUGGAGAUGAAUUCUAUUCUCAUGCAAUUCAAGUGGGGGGAAAAAAAGUACAAUGCGACACAGCAUGGGAUGUGGGUCUACUUGGGGAAAGGUACAUGCAUGUAUUUUCCAUUUAUGCAACAGAAAAGUAUUCAAAUAAAAUAUGUAAAAUAAGUCCUUGCAUGAAAUAAAUUUUAUACACAACUAGCGCUUAGACUCCGUUUUUAUUCACCAGCACAUGCAUACUGUACAUACAUCUUUCCUUUCCCACUGGCUAUUACUCUGAACUGCUGUUCGACCCUUUGUUCGACUGUGUCGGGGUCAAAGAGAGCAUAACAAAAAAACCGAGGGGACUGUGAGAGCAUGACGCAAAGUUUACAAACGCAUGACAAUGACCGAACUACUGUACAUCAACGUGUAACACGCAGCAUGACCGGGCAUGUUUAUUAACCGACUCAGAGUGUGACCUCUGCACACAAACACUACAUCGUUGUCUGAUGCCUUGGCUAAGCAUGGGAAAAACAUGGUAAACCGGACGUUUACCAUGAGAAACUAACGGAGCACAUUUUCUUUACUCUCCAAGCUAGUGUCAUGUCUCACCUCUCGCUGAGGUAUUCAUCACCGCCAUCAUUUCCACCAUUAUACAUAAUUUGUGUAAUAAUUUAUUUAUGUUAUUGUUUUUUAUAUGUUUAUAGAGACCCAGCGACAGCACCGGAGCAGACAACCAACAGAGUCAGUUUGUGUUAUGAACCAUGGUGUCCCAACCACUAUGUGUAUGACCCAUAAUGGCCCAUCACCCACCUGAUAGUGCUGUAGCAUUGUUGUGUGUAUUACUUAAUCUUUUUAAAUGGGUGUGACAGUGACAACCUGUACAUCACAAAACUCAGCAUAGAUGUAGCACUGAGGAAGUUUUGUUGUCAAGCCUUAUGUAGCUCAGUAUCUGUGACUGGUUACUGUGUUGUAAUUUGUGUGCCUAUUUUUGGUUUGUGCCUGUGCUGUAAAUACGCUUUUCUGUGUGCUGAAGUUGUGUGUACCAAUGUUUUUGAGUGAUCAUCAAAUAUCUGUGUGCUUCUUCUGUUGAAAGAAAAAAAAAUGUUGCUCCGAUUUUACCCAUCCAGCAAAAAAAAAACACGUGUCACGUCAGCCAGACCACAGUUGAAAACAAAUCGUUAACUUUGCACUGUCAUCAUCAUAUCUUUGUAGACUUUUGCACUGUUUUGCACUAGUGAACUUUUAACAAUCCUUUGAUAUGUUUUCAGGCAUCAAAGAGAUCUCACACACACAUAAGAGGUCAUACUUUAACAACCACCUUGUAUUGAAGAGGCAUUAAAAUGGCCGUUAGGAAUUGGUAAUUAAUUGCUUCGUUUAUCAGAUCUUAUAAAGGGUUAUCAGAAAGAGAUAAUGUAUUUUUAACACUCAUUAAACGUUGAUAUAUUUUCAUAUAUAGCUAGACUUUGAUUAACAAAGACAGCUUAUAUGUAAAUUACAUUUGCUCAUAUCACAGCUCAGACAUUCAUUAUUCUGUAGUUCAUUGGAAUAUUAAUUGACAAUCAUGUAGAAUUGGUUUUUAUACUUUUUCUGCACACAUGCAAAUUGGUUAGUUUGCAAUGCUAACCGAUGCCAGUACAUUACACACAUACUGGACAAGUGCCUGUUAUGCAAAUUUUUCUUACUGUUCAGGAGUACAGCUUAACCACCAUGUUGAAUCGAUGUAUGUUUAGUUUGACAUUACUCACCACCCACCAGCCAUUGAAAACACGUAUCAGUUCAAAAAAGCACAAAGAAACCACAAGUACCCCCAUACGCAUCAGCUUCUAAAGGCAAGCAUUGAGCUACCUAAUUAAAGAAGAAAGGAGAGCCGUGAAGUUCAAAGUAGAGCUUAAUAGUUUGUGUGUAAAAGUAAGUGGAGAGGGACCAACUUUUUACCAAACAACUGCAAACACACUGCCAACAACUUACAGAGAUCUGUGUGCAGUCAGGUUCAGCAGAUAUAAGUCUGCCAAUAGAGCUGAGCAGGAAUGGGGGGGGGACAGUGUGCUGGUCAUCGUCUGACACUGAAUACAAACGAUAACAGCAGCUGUUAUUAAACGGACCCAAUAACGCAACUGAGAGGCAACCAACGUGCCGUGUAGUGAGACUUGAGUGUGUGUUUUGAACACCGUGCAUUUUGUGGUUAGUUAUCUCAAUAAAAAGGUGUUCAGUGAUCGUUUGACUGGUUUGUUGUUUAGGGAUUUUUGUGUCUUUUUUAUCCGAUACAGUUCAGGCUUGUAAAAUAAAUAGUGAUAAAUAAAAAAAACACAGAAAUGAUCAUUUUUCAACGAGUUCUGAUUUAUUUUUUUCAAACUAAUCCAAGUAUAAGCACAUUCAUUUACCUUUCAUUAAAGCAUAGCUUCAGUGAUAAAGAUGUUUUUCAUGUUUAAUUUGCAACAUGAGGAUAAAAUCAAAACCUUUAAAUGAAUUGCAUCAAUGAGCCAUCGCCCUUUACUACUGCACAGCUUCAGACCUGCAGUUUGUCCCUGCACUGCGGUCGCCCACAGCUCAUAAAUAUGUAGGUUGGGUCAAAUGCAGCGGACACAUUUCCCCCAAGAGGGAUUUCUGAAAUAUAGAGUUUGAAAGUGGUGCAAAUGAGACAAAACAGAACAUCACACAGGGUAUGACACAGACUGCCAAGUUAAUAAAUAAGUGAUGGACAGUUGCCGAAUAAAAAUAUACUGUAUGAGUAAGUGGUAAAUCAUGUGAUGACCAACAAAUUUUCAGUACGAAGUGCAGAGAUUGACUGCCUUCUGACAUUCAAGAUCACAGCAAUAAAACCGCUGACAUUGGAAGAUGGAGCUCUAGCACCAGUCUAGCCCAUCCCUCACAUGACCCAUAACGGCUUCCUUUAGAGGGGACAUAGCAGGUGCACCAGGAGCUAUAGGCAGGGCCAUGUCCUGAAAAGCCAUCAGCCCAAAUCAUGUCCAUCAAAGUGAUGGGCUGGUCAGAGAAAUGAUGGCCUGUGUCCACAUGUAACAUAACUCAGCCGGUGUCCAGCCACACCACAGUAUUUAUGACGACUGCGCUUUGAAGGCUGAUCUUCUCCACCAGCCAAUUAGGAGGUGAAAGUAAAUUCUAAGGCUCUAAGGGUAAUCAU